AUGUCAAACGAAUCGUCCGAGGUAAAACCGGAGUCGAGACUCUUGCUUGUAUCCAAUCGUCUGCCGAUCACAAUAAAACGAUCUGAUGAUGGCAGCUAUGACUUCUCCAUGUCCUCUGGAGGUUUGGUCAGUGGACUGAGUGGCCUGUCUAAGGCGACCACGUUUCAGUGGUAUGGCUGGCCCGGUCUCGAGGUCCCUGUGGACGAAGAGCAGCAUGUGCGAAAUAGAUUGCUGGAGGAAUACAAUGCGAUUCCCGUCUUCAUUGACGACGAACUCGCGGAUUUGCAUUACAAUGGAUUCUCAAAUUCGAUCCUUUGGCCCUUGUUCCAUUACCACCCUGGUGAGAUUGUCUUCAACGAAUCGGCUUGGAAUGCAUACCGGGAAGCCAAUCGGCUCUUUGCGCGAGCCAUUGCGAGUCAAGUCAAUGACGGUGACCUCGUCUGGGUCCACGACUACCAUUUGAUGCUCCUGCCGUCGAUGCUGCGAGAGGAAAUUGGCAAUACAAAGCACAAUGUCAAGAUCGGCUUUUUCCUCCACACGCCGUUUCCCAGUAGUGAAAUUUACCGUAUCCUUCCCGUCCGAAACGAGCUCUUGCUUGGUGUCCUACACUGCGACCUGGUCGGCUUUCACACGUACGAUUACGCGCGACACUUUUUGAGCAGUUGCUCGCGAAUCUUGGGCCUGAGUACCACGCCCAAUGGUGUUGAAUUCCAAGGCAAAAUGGUCUCUGUCGGCGCUUUUCCUAUCGGUAUCGACCCCGAAAAAUUCACCGAAGGUCUCAAGAAGCCCAAGGUGCAAGAGCGUAUUGCUACCCUAGAGCGCAAGUUCCAGGGUGUCAAAUUGAUUGUCGGUGUCGAUCGUUUGGACUACAUCAAGGGUGUCCCGCAGAAGCUGCACGCAUUGGAGAUUUUCUUGACUGAACAUCCAGAGUGGAUCGGCAAGGUGGUGCUUGUUCAGGUUGCUGUGCCAAGUCGACAAGACGUCGAGGAGUACCAGAACCUUCGGGCCGUGGUCAACGAGCUAGUUGGUCGGAUCAAUGGAAAAUUUGGCACCAUUGAAUUUAUGCCGAUUCAUUUCAUGCACAAAUCCGUCUCCUUUGACGAGCUCAUUGCGUUGUACGCUGUCUCUGACGUCUGCCUCGUAUCAUCAACCCGGGACGGCAUGAACCUGGUGUCAUUUGAGUAUAUUGCCUGCCAACAGAAGCGUCACGGAGUCAUGAUCCUGUCAGAAUUUACUGGUGCCGCUCAGAGUCUGAAUGGAAGUCUGAUUAUCAACCCGUGGAAUACGGAAGAACUGGCCGGUGCCAUUCAUGAUGCGGUCACCAUGGGCGAUGAGCAACGUGCCAUUAGCUACAGCAAGCUCGAGCGUUAUGUCAACAAGUAUACCAGUGCCUUUUGGGGCCAGUCAUUUGUAGGCGAGCUGACGCGGAUAUCUGCGGCGGCGGAGAAGAAGUUGAAAGAAAAGCGCGAGCAGUCUGAUACAUCGACUCCCGCCAACGAGCCCGCUCAUUAA